AUGCCUAAGAUCACGGAAAUCUUCUUCGAUUGCGACAAUACUCUAGUCCUCUCCGAGGAGCUGGCCUUCGAGGCCUGCGCCGACCUGGCCAAUGAGAUCCUGGAAGCGUGGAACAUCUCGGACCGCUACACAGGCGACCAGCUAAUCAAAGACUUCGUCGGCCAAAACUUCCGUGGCAUGAUGGGCUCGCUGCAGAAGAAGUACAACUUCGAGAUCCCUGCCGACAAGCUGGAGGGCUACGUCACCAAGGAAGAAGACAAAGUCAUCGCCAAGUUGGAAGCCAAGGCCCAGCCCUGUGUUGGUGCCAGUGAGGAGUUGGAGAAGCUGUUUGCGGAGAAGAAGUACGGCCUCGCUGUCGUUUCCUCAUCCGCUUUGCGUCGCGUGCGCGCAUCCAUCAAGAAGGUCAAUCAGGACAAGUACUUCGACGAGGACAAGGUGUUCAGUGCCGCUACCUCCCUGCCAAAGCCAACUUCCAAGCCCGACCCUGCCAUCUAUCUGCAUGCCCUCGAGAAGGUUGGCAAGACCGCCACGGAAACUGUGGCCGUGGAAGACAGCAAGUCUGGUGCUCUUUCUGCCGUCCGUGCUGGUAUUCCUGUGAUUGCCUACGUUGGCAGUUACCACGGCGAAGAGACCCAGAAGGCGAUGGCGCAGGCAUUGACUGAGCUCGGUGCGAAGACUGUUAUGUACCAUUGGUCUGAAUUCCCGGACCGCAUGGCGGACAUUGAAAACGGAGAUGUCACCGAGGUUCACUCCAGUCUUUGA